AUGGGAUUCCCUCCUCUCCAUCAUUCGCUGGAGACGCAGAGCAAUGGAGAGUGACAUCGAAGAAUCUCUGAGGAAGAAACCGAGAAAAUACCCUUUUCCCGGUGAUUCUACUCGCAAGAUUAUCAUCUCUCGCUGUCAAUUCUGGUUUUUUUGCCACUUGCCAAUUUUUAUGGUCCGUUUUAGCUGGAGGAAGGAAACACAGAAAGGAGACGCUAUUAUUGAUAAUUUUAUGCAGGAUGAUGAUGUUCAACUGGAGACUACACGGGCUAGAUUUGCAAGUUUGCUUAAAAGGCACGGAGAAUUGACUGAGCGUCUUUCUAGGGAUUCUGACAAGAUGAUAUAUGAGCGUCUACAGAAAGAGUUUGAAGCUGCACGAGCAUCUCAAACUGAAGAGGUAACUUUAGAUGGCGAACAGUGGAAUGAUGGUCUAUUAGCAACAAUACGAGAGAGGGUGCAUAUGGAGGUAGAUAGAAAGGCAAUGCAUGGAGAUGUUAACAUGCUGGAAUGCCCUCAGGAAAAAAUUACUUAUAAAAUUGGAAACAAGGUAAUUUGCUGUUUGGAAGGGGCUAGAAUUGGCAUACAAUAUGAGACAUCUUUUGCUGGAGAACCAUGUGAGUUGUACCAUUGUGUGCUUGAGAGCAAGUCAUUUCUUGAAAAGAUGACUGUUCUUGAACACACAGUUCCAUUUUUUCUGCCCAUACGCGAAGCAGAAAAUGAUCUGCUUUCAUCCAAUGCAAUGACAUUCAUAGAUCAUGUCGGAGAUCUUCUGCAAGCAUAUGUAGAUAGACGGGAACAGGUACGACUUAUAAAGGAACUUUAUGGAAAUCAAAUUGGAGAACUGUAUCAUAGUCUUCCUUACCACAUGAUUGAAUUUGUGCUGGACGAUUUUGAUUGCAAGGUAACUGUCAGCCUUAGAUAUGCGGAUCUUAUCUCUGUGCUUCCAACUCGAAUCAGAGUGCUAGCAUGGCCAAUGCACCAAUCCAAGAAAAUUACUCCUGCAACAACUACUUUGAACAGGAAGGAAGAUGGACCCCUUGGAACUAACCCUCCCGUUCGCCUAACCUAUGCAGAGGAUGCCUUACGAACCAUGAGUUUACCAGAAGAGUUAUAUUCUGCUUCCUGUUUGCAGCGUAUGCAGAGAUUGUAUUGAAUCUACCUCAUGCUCUUCAGCAGAUGUUUAACCAAUAAGCAAAUUCCUAGAGCCUUGCUUUCAGUCUGGAUCUUUGCAAACCUUUGGUGGAGAUGGUGUUCGAGUAGCAGAAAAAUCAAGUUAUUACUUGGUCAAAGUGGAUUUGGAUAGAGUUGAUUUUAUGUAAUUUUGGCAUGCACCACAUGUGAUUUCUCAAUACCUACUCUUGUUUGUUGUAUUGCUUGUUCGGUAGGCUGGUGGAGACAUAUUCUCCAUUAUAACAAAACUCAUACCUCUAAAAUGUAAUUAAAAUGAAGUGUUUUCUCAAUUAUAGUUUUCUUUCAUAGUU